AACACCCAACGUUUGAGCUGAUCGUCAUUCAACCAAACAACCGGCAACAAGAUGAGUCUCACCGCUAAGGACAAGGAGGUAGUCAGGGGAUUCUGGGCAAAGGUGUCCAGCAGGGCCGGGGAUAUCGGAUCCGAGGCUCUGUCCAGGAUGCUGGCGGUGUACCCUCAGACCAAGACCUACUUCGCCCACUGGAAGGACAUGAGCCCCGGAUCUGAGCCGGUGAACAAACACGGAAAGGCCGUGAUGGGUGGAGUUGCAGACGCUGUGGCCAAAAUUGACGACCUGAAUGCGGGUCUCCUGAACCUCAGUGAGCUGCAUGCCUUCACUCUGCGUGUGGACCCUGCCAACUUCAAGAUCCUCUCUCACAACAUCCUCGUGGUCAUGGCAAGUCUGUUCCCCAAAGACUUCACCCCUGAGGUCCACGUGGCCAUGGAUAAGUUCCUGGCUGCUUUGUCCCGUGCCCUUGCCGAGAAAUACAGAUAAACGGUCGACAGGUGCCUCUGGCGCACAGCAGGAUGGUCUUUGAUAAGAUGCUCUCUGUCAGUCUGAAUACCAAUAAAAUAUCAAAUGCAAUGAA